AUGAGAAAAUGGAAAGAAGAUUGCGAUGGGAAUCCUCGCAACAAGAGAAGUUUAAAGGUCAAAGAUAAACUCAGGAUGAUAUCCAGAGCACAUGUAUUUUGUGAAAAGGAAUUUUUGAGUAACGUUGAUGAAGAUGAUUCUUGUGAUUCACAAGUCACAAAACGACAAAUAAGUAGCAACUUCUGUUUCAAUGACAUUAGGGAUGUCAUAAUAUGA